AUGCAUGAGAUUCUAUCGAGGCUACCAGUGAAGCCCUUGUGCCGUUUCAAGUUGGUAUCAAAGUCAUGGCUGUCCUUGAUAUCGAAUCCCAAGUUCAUUGCCAUGCACUCCAAAGCCAUUGAGAAUAAUAAGGAUGUCUUCUUCCAAAGACGAAGACUCGUAUUUACUGACAGGCUACAUCAUUGCCUUUACUCUCUGGACCUGGAUCAAUUUUUUGACCAGAACCACGAAGUUCUAAAGAAUCGUAAGGAUAAUGUUAAUGUUGAUGUUGAUGGUCCAGUAGCAGUAGCCACCGAGCUCGACUUCGUUUACAAUCAGUUUCCAAAGGGACGACGCCAGUGGUUUCCCUUUAUCCGUUCUUGCAAUAGCUUCUUGUUGUCCCAGUCGUUUUUUGGGUUCCAUUUGGUUGACCCUGUAGCCAAGAUAUCAAAGAAACUACCGAAGACAACAACGGGAAGAUUGAAGCCUUGUUUUGGGGAGUUAUAUGGGUUUGGAUUUGAUUAUUCCACUAAGGAAUAUAAGGUGGUUAUCGGGCAGUUCUUUUCUGAUCAUGGAAUUGUGUUAACUAUAUAUACAAUGGAAACUGAUUCUUGGCGACGGAUUAAGGGUGUCGUUCCCUGCAGACCUACUAUAAGUCGUGAUGUGAUUGUGGUGAAUGGAGGUGCUCAUUGGUUAUUGAGGACACUCGCAGAUGAAUCGUUACUGAUAAUCCUAUCUUUCGUGCUAGCAGAAAAGACGUCCACUAGUAGAAAUAAAGGCUUAAGCGACGGGAAAAAAUCGUCGGCUAAAUACCAAUAUUUGUCGCCUUCCGACAUAAGCGACGAAAUCGGCGUCGCUUAA